UGAGGGAAUCGUUAAACGCAUAAAUAUAUCUAGAGUCGCGGCAACGAUACCCAAUUAUCGUGUUCGCGCGCUGCUUAGCUGCACUCGCUACACCCACCACUACAUUCCCUAGUGCAGUAGUGCACUACUCUAGUGUCUUUUACACUCGCCGCGAGUGCAGAGUGGUGCAGCUAGCGCGAACAGACCUAAUGACUACAGCCACAGAGUGGCGGCGACACAUUCUCCAACAUUUUCGUUUACUAUAUUUACGUUUUAUAAUCGAGCAAGUCAAACACGUUGUAUCGAGUGGUGUUUCAACGCUUUUUGUAUUCUAUAACAUUGAACCUUUAUAGCAGGUAAUCCUCAUUCCGUCAGGUUAUGAAUACAACUAUUGUGGAAAAAAAGUUGGUGUUAAAAAAAUAUGACCAAAGGACUCCAAAAUAUUGAUGUCACUUUGAACAAACAUUGUUGCUCUCUUUGAUUCUUCAAGGAUAAAUAUCAGCUUCUUGCUUGUCAACAUGAACAGUGUUAAAUUGGAGGUUCAAUGGUCUCCGAUACAUUUGAAUAAAUUUAUAACAUGGGGGACUGAAAUAUGCCUGUACGAAGUAGGCCAAAUGAAAGACAGUGUUAGACCAUCCUGUCAAAAAAUCUCAGACUCCACAUUUGCUCAUCUCUUAGCAACAAACAGCAGUCAUAACUAUCUCAAGUGCAUUGAUAUAUAUCCUCGACCGGAGCCUGAUAUAUUACUCGCGGUUGGACAGGCUAAUGGAAAAGUUGUUCUUACUACAUUUGGACCCACAGCCUAUGACUCUCAAGGAUUAACUGGCAGAGAACUUGCACCGAAACAUGCACGACAAUGUAACGCAGUGGCCUGGAAUCCGGUGGACCCGAAUUUAAUUGUGUCUGGUCUGGACAAAUAUCGCACCGAUCAUUCUGUUCUCUUGUGGGAUAUUCAAAGAACACCAAUUGGAUCUGACAGAGUUCAUCAUCAUCCUAAUGUUCAAACCGACACUAUAAAACCAAUAGCAGAAGCAGGAGUUUCUGAAACAACUCAUUCGCUUGCUUGGUUUAACAAUGAAUCGCGAUGUCUCGUUGCUGGAAUAAACAACAAACAAUUGAAAAUCAUUGAUUUCAGAGAUUCCAUAAAAGUGGUCAAUGCAACACCCACAAAAGCUGUUUACAGUGUAUCUGUGAAUCCCCACAACGAUUUCCAUAUAGUAUCGCAUGUGGAAAACCAAAUAACAAUUUGGGACACUCGAUACUUUGAGAAACCUGUGCUGACGUUGCUUCAGGCAAGGCAAAUCAGCAAAGUUCUGUGGUGUCCAACUCGUCACAAUCUUUUGGGAACGUUGCAAAAGGAUUCGGGUGCACUCCAUCUCCAUGAUAUUCAGCACUGCGGAGUCGGUGGUAGUGAGGAAAUAGAACCUGGUGCACUGGAACGAACCGUAGCCCCGCCUUGGUCGAGUCCGACCAGUUUUUCAUGGCAUCCAAGUCACAUUAACAGACUUUUGGCCAUAUCGCAACAAGGUCUCACGGAUUAUACGGUGUACGAAAGAAUAACGGUCAAUUGGUCGACACGUUCGUAUUUAGCUUGGAACCACGCAUUGAAGUCGUUCAAAUACGUUAGCAGUAGUGAUAAUAUAUACAAAGCAUUCGACGAUAUUUCAGUACUGACGAAAAGUCGGGCGCUCUCCGAAUACGGUUUGCUCCCGGAAUUAGCACAAAAUGGUGAAUUGGCAGAAAAUGAGACACUAAAAAAUUUGUGGCAGUGGUUGUAUCUCAGCCGCUCGUUGGUAGAGGACGGUACGAUACCAAGCACCGACAACAAACAUCCGGGCGUGAGAACCGUAUUGAAGCUCGAUGGUCAACAAAAUGGCUUCAUUAAAGCGGACCUCGUUCAACGUCCCUGGACCGAUAUCGGUUCGAAUUAUACCGCAAAAAUGUACAGAUCAGCUGACCGUGACAAAGCCCUUCAGCUUUGUGGGUGGAGGUUCGACAAAGAAUCAAAUGCGCUGUACAAUAAUUUGUUUCUUGAACGUUUGGAGAGAGAAGGAGCUUACGCUCGUGCCACCGCAAUAUCGGUAUUCAAUCUCUGUCUACGUCAAGCCAUCGAGAUUCUGAACCGAGGGGCCAGCAAAAUGUCAAUGUCUACGAAUUUGAAUAUCGUCGCUAUGGCACUCUCCGGAUUUUCUGAGGAUCGUAAUAGCAUGUGGCGGGAAUUGUGCCUCAAAUCGAGAUCGCAACUUUCCGAUCCGUAUCUCAGAUCGACUUUUGCUUUUUUAACUGCUGACAAUGACUCAUACGAAAGCGUACUUAACGAAAAUGGUAUGGCGGUUGAGGACAGAGUGGCAUUUGCUCUCAUGUUUUUGUCCGAUAGCAAGUUGUGUGAUUAUUUGAAGAAGUUGACGCAAAAGUUGAGCGAGGAAGGAAAUUUGGCAGGAUUUUUAUUAACAGGAGCGAGCCUCGAAGGUAUUCAACUGUUAAACCGGUAUUUGGAAAUUACUGGCGAUGUACAGAGCUGCAGUUUAAUUGCAAUUCGAGCUUUAUCUCCGAGAUUACUUCAGGAGAAUCAAGUCGAAGUUUGGAUUGCAAGCUAUAGAGGAUUACUGGAUGCUUGGAAAAUGUGGAAUCAACGAGCCCAUUUUGACAUAGUAAUGAGAUCGUCAACGAGUGAAAAACUAUCUCAACAAGUUUCCAUAUCUUGUAACUUUUGUGGCAAAAGCAUAUCGGCUGUAAUGCAAGGUUUGAGCAGAGCACGCGGACCGUUUGGUAGAUUGGCAAGCACGUCGAACAAAUUGAAAAUGUCAUCUUGCCCGAGCUGUCGAAAACCAUUGCCACGGUGUGCUAUUUGUUUGAUGCACAUGGGAACUGUAAGUGGCUUACAAUUGACAAGCGGUAGUUCAAACCGAGGUGAAGACGAUAGUAGACUGACGGAAUUCAGCAAUUGGUUCACCUGGUGUCAAACGUGUAGACACGGAGGUCACACGAAUCACAUAACCCACUGGUUUCGGCAACAUUCCGAAUGUCCAGUGACGUCAUGCACCUGCCGAUGUUUUUCAUUGGAUGCAUCGUGUACAAUAGGGCCCAGUAUAAUGUGAAUGAAUUGCAACAAAUAUGUACUAAUAAAUAUUUUACAAUAUGGAA